CGAAAGAUUAAAUUUUGCAAAGAAGAUAAAACCAAACCAAAAGACUGUAAAAAUAGAUUAUUAUUUUUAAAUACAUAAUAAAACUUGUAGGCCAAGUUCAUACGUUUCUUAAAACGGCUACCAGAAAGCAGUAACUUGCGAGCUUGGACAGCAACUUCCUAUGGCGAUAGCUAGAAACAUCUUUCAAAUGAGGGGGGUACUUACUGCUCUCUCACGAAAUAGUAAUCAGCCAUGUACCGCCGCUCCUUUAAACAGAGUCUUCACUAGGGAUGAAUUUUAUAGAAGGUGGUUUCAGACACGAAUAAAUCCAGCGAGUCAACCACAAGACGACAAUGCAGAAAAUAAUGAAACCAAUUCUUUGAAGCCCAACAACGACCCUGUAAACAUUCUUUCACAAAUAAACAGCAAUGAGAAUUCCACUGUGAAGCACUCUGCUAUAUCCAACUUGAAAACAUCACCAAGGCAUGAUCUUGCAAUGAUCUUCACCUGCAAGGUCUGUGAGACAAGGUCCAUAAAGACAGCUUGUCGCGAUUCAUAUGAGAAAGGUGUAGUGGUUGCACGUUGUGGUGGCUGUAAUAACCUACAUCUGAUCGCAGAUCACCUCGGGUGGUUUGGAGAACCGGGAAGCAUCGAGGAUUUCCUAGCUGCUCGUGGGGAGGAAGUUAAAAAAGGUUCUAUUGAUACGCUGAAUUUAACUCUGGAAGAUUUAGCUGGAAGCAACAUCUCAAGCAAGUAAAACUUCGGCUACCAUGUAAUGUAACCCUAUAGAAGAGAAUCAAUUUUGUGAACUUUACACUAACGAAAUAACAUGAUUUAUGACCUGAUUAUUUUGUUAAUCUGCUUUUCGAAUUCAAAAUUACAUAUUUCUUGUACCUUUGAAAUGAAUGAUCUGCUUAUGAUUUA